GCCGGCGGCGCUGGGGCGACUGGGAGAGCUGCGCGGCGUGCGCGAGCGAGAGGCGUAGUGGCGGCGGCGGGAGCGCGCGGCGGUGGCAGCGGCGGCGGCGGCGGGUGCGAGGCGCGGGCUGUUGUGCUCCCAGCUCUCCUCUUUCCCCUCCUUGGCGGGUGGAGGAGGCCGAAGCAGUGCUGGGCGCGCUCCCCUUCCUCUCCCUCCGGCCACCUCCCCCAGCCCUUUCGCGCUGCGCGGUCUCUCCGACGCAAGACUGUCCCGGCCCGGAUAUGGCUCGUGGACAGCAGAAGAUUCAGUCUCAGCAGAAAAAUGCCAAAAAGCAAGCUGGACAAAAGAAGAAACAAGGACAUGACCAAAAGGCUGCUGCCAAAGCUGCCUUAAUAUAUACCUGCACUGUCUGUAGGACACAAAUGCCAGACCCUAAAACCUUCAAGCAGCACUUUGAGAGCAAGCAUCCUAAGACUCCACUUCCUCCAGAAUUAGCUGAUGUUCAGGCAUGAAGUUGUUUACGGGUGAAUUCAUGACACCUUUGACUCUUCUACUGUCUCAGACCUUAGGUAACAAACCUGCAGCUGCUUUUCUAACAAACUGUUGAUCAGCAAAAAUAAAGGGGCUACAGAAACACUCAUUUUUAUGCUGUUCCCUUUUGGGCUUCAUGCAAAGACAAUUCUGUGUAAAUGUACAGUUGACUCUGAUUUGGAAAUCUGAAAAUCAGUCCAUCCUUGUUAUAAAAAAAUUUUUUUACAAUUGUAAUUAUAUUGAUGUUCAUAUUGUGUAAAAUAACUCAUUUAAUAAAGUAGUACUUUGAUUUUACAACA